AUGCUUGUAAGGCUUCGCCCUUGGUUUGAUGCUCAUGCUGGUUUCGGACCAGUAACAGGUUCUCCCCUUGCCGACAUUGGAGAAUUAGCUACGCAAACUAGAGGGAAAGAUACCCUAGCAAGUCGGCUGAUGUUGUAUAUGUGUGAAGGAGUGCUUCGCCUAAAAGGCAGAAUUGUUGUGGUUCAAGUCAUCACUGCUCAUUUUGAAAUGGGCUAUCGAAUGGACGGGAAGACGUAA